AUGGCCGAGUCAGCCAACCACAAGGAGCUGUCAGAAUCCAGUCAAGAAGAGGCUGGUAAUAAUAUAAUGAUGGAGAGGCCCAGGGAAAAUCGGGAGCGCGGUGAAGAUGCCGCUGCUGGGCCUGGAGAUGAUGGGAAGCGCGGUGAAGAAGCCGCCGGUGGGCUUGGGGAAGAAGGGGAGAAAGGUGAAGAUGCUGCUGCUGGGUCCGGGAAAGACGAGCGAAAAGGUGGAGAUAAUGAUGAGGACUCAGACCCAGACCGUCCAAAAGGACUUAUCGGUUAUCUUUUAGAUACAGAUUUUGUCGAAAGUCUACCUGUGAAAGUUAAGUACCGUGUGUUAGCCCUUAAAAAGCUUCAAACUAGAGCGGCCAACUUAGAGUCCAAAUUCCUGAGGGAAUUUCAUGACAUUGAAAGAAAGUUUGCUGAAAUGUAUCAGCCCUUACUGGAAAAAAGACGUCAGAUCAUCAAUGCAAUCUAUGAACCCACGGAAGAGGAAUGUGAAUAUAAAUCAGACUCUGAGGACUAUGAUGAUGAGGAAAUGUAUGAUGAGGAAGAGAUGUGUGGUAAUGAGGAGGGUAUGGUACAUGAGUAUGUGGAUGAGGAUGAAGGGUAUGAGGACUAUUAUUAUGAUUAUGCUGUUGAGGAUGAUGAUGAUGAUGAUGAUGAUGAUGAUGAUGACGACGAUGACAAUGAGGCUACUGGAGAAGAGAAUAAAGAAGAAGAGGAUCCUAAGGGAAUUCCUGAUUUUUGGCUGACUGUCUUAAAAAACGUUGACACACUCACUCCUUUGAUUAAGAAAUAUGAUGAGCCUAUUCUGAAGCUCCUAACAGAUAUUAAAGUGAAGCUUUCAGAUCCUGAUGAGCCUCUCAGUUUCACAUUAGAAUUUCACUUCAAACCCAAUGAAUAUUUCAAAAAUGAGCUGUUGACAAAGACCUAUGUGCUGAAGUCAAGGCUAGCGUAUUAUGAUCCCCAUCCCUAUAGGGGAACUGCGAUUGAGUAUUCCACAGGCUGUGAGAUAGAUUGGAAUGAAGGAAAGAAUGUCACUUUGAAAACCAUCAAGAAGCAGCAGAAACAUCGGAUUUGGGGAACAAUCCGAACUGUGACUGAAGAUUUUCCCAAGGAUUCAUUCUUCAAUUUUUUCUCUCCUCAUGGAAUCAGCUCAAAUGGAGGGGAUAGUAAUGAUGAUUUUUUACUUGGUCACAAUUUACGUACUUACAUAAUCCCAAGAUCGGUAUUAUUUUUCUCAGGCGAUGCACUUGAAUCUCAGCAGGAGGGGGUAGUUAGGGAAGUUAAUGAUGCAAUUUAUGACAAAAUUAUUUAUGAUAAUUGGAUGGCUGCCAUUGAGGAGGUUAAAGCCUGUUGCAAAAAUCUUGAGGCAUUAGUAGAAGACAUUGAUCGCUAA